AUGACCUCGGUAGGUGUACCAAUCAAAAUUUUACACGAAGCUGAAGGACACGUAGUGACUUUGGAAACCGUCACAGGUGAAGUAUACCGUGGAAAGUUGCUGGAAGCUGAAGAUAACAUGAAUUGUCAAAUGGCUGAAGUAUGUGUCACAUUCCGAGAUGGUCGAACUCAUCAACUCGACAACGUUUUUGUUCGAGGAAAUAAGAUUCGUUUUAUGAUACUGCCAGAUAUGCUCAAAAACGCCCCUAUGUUCAAAAAUAUCGGGCGUGCACAAAAGGGAGCCAUUGGUAUGGGUAUGGGAGGCGACCCAAGAGGAGGUCGUGGUGGACGAGGAACAUCGUUCCGUGCCAGAGGUGCUGGUAUGGCUCGUGGCGCAGUUCGCGGUGUAGUACGCGGAGGUCCUGGAGGAUUCCGGGGUUAG